AUGGAAACAUCUGACCCACAGGCCAGCAGCGCCCAGCCUUCACGGGUGGCAUCGCAAGAGCACCUCGCUGAAGCAUCCGCGUCCAGUCAGGGACAUUUUGACAUAGUGGACCUUGCAGAGUUGGCUGAAAAGCAGCGAUGGUGGCACAAGCUUUUUGACAAUGAAUCUGAGCUCUCUACUGAGAAGGGCAGCAUGGCAACCCAGCUGUUAAUUGGAGGUGUCACUGGAUGGUGCACCGGCUUCAUAUUCCAGAAAGUUGGAAGGUUGGCUGCCACGGCAGUGGGAGGAGGGUUUUUUCUCCUUCAGCUUGCAAACCAUGCUGAGUACAUCAAAAUUGACUGGCAACAAGUAGAGAGGGACAUGAAGAAAGCCAAGGAACAUCUGAAGUCCCAAAGGAGCACCCACAUACCCAUGGAGGUGAAAAGCAAAGCUGAGGAGAUCGCGUUGUUUGUGAGGUCGAACAUUCUGAUGGCGGGUGGAUUUCUCGGAGGCUUUCUGCUUGGCAUGUCAUCCUAA